CAUGGCAAACGACCGCUUCUCACUCCAUUAUAAAAAGGUAAAUAGAUGAAAAAAAAAGACGAGUGUUCGGGCUUUUCCGCUCGGAUUCGGACUCAGAGCCCCCCUCUGUGUUUACGCGGCAGAUACAUCAGUCGAGUCUCUUGGUUUUUUCUUUUUUACGGUUCAAGAUUUUCGCUUCAUUUCUGACAAGAACAAAAUACAUUUUCCUGCAGCUGACAUGGACACCGCUAACCAGCUGGCAUCGGUGGGGACAUUUCAGGUGCUCAAAUUGCCUCUGGGAUUUAUCCGUGUUUUGGAAUGGCUCUUUGCCAUUUUCGCUUUCGCCACAUGCGGUGGCUACUCAGGGCAGCUCAGGGUCAGUGUGGACUGCAUGGAGAAGGCCAGCAGCGAUCUGAACAUCGGCAUCGACUUUGGUUAUCCUUUCAGGUUGCACCAAGUGUCGUUUGAAGCGCCCAUGUGUGAGGCCAUGAGGACGGAGCGUGUGUUCCUCACCGGAGAUUAUUCUUCCUCUGCGGAGUUCUUCGUCACCAUUGCCGUUUUCUCCUUCCUGUAUUCUCUGGUGGCCUCUGUUGUGUACGUUUUCUUCCUGAAUAAGUACCGCGAAAACAGCCAAAGACCGCUCAUUGACUUUGUGGUGACAGUGGUGUUUUCCUUCAUGUGGCUGGUCAGCUCCUCUGCUUGGGCCAAGGCCCUGUCCGAUGUGAAGGUGGCCACCGAUCCGGACGAGGUGCAGCUUCUCAUCCCAGCCUGCAAAGACCCGACUAACAAGUGCGGCUCUUUGCACGGGCCUCGGUGGUCUGGGCUCAACACCUCGGUGGUGUUUGGAUUUCUCAAUUUUGUUCUGUGGGCUGGAAACAUCUGGUUUGUCUUCAAGGAGACCAGCUGGCACAAGGGUGGCUCCAGGUUGGCGGGCAGUGCGCCCGACAAACAGGCCGGCACCUUCGACCAGCAGCCCUACAACCAGGGCGGCUUUAACCAGUCGGGAAGCUACAACACCCAGGGGAGCUUCGACCAGCCAUCCGAGUACAGCCAGGUGGGAGGGCCCACCUCCUACUCCAAUCAGAUGUAGCCGCGACUUGUCUUUCGGCAUCUUCAAACAAAGGCAGUCAGGGGGCUAGGCUGACUGCCUUUGUUUGAAGAAAGGCAGUCAGCCUUUCUUCAAAAAAAAAAAAAAAAAGAAAGACGGAGGGACUUCCUUGUCGGAAGUCCUUCCGUCUUAUGACGGAGUCAGAGUGCACCUGUUGUAGAUGAAAAAUAAAAAAUAAAAGUCUAGUUGGGUAUCGUAGAACAAAACAUUAGACGUAGUCCCUCACCCUUUCUCUUUCAAAAGUUGUUUUAGCUGAAUAUUGUCCUUCUAGUAGUUCGAAACGCAUAACAGUUUCUCCGUGCUCGAUUAUCGACUUGUUCCGUUUUUGACUGGCCAUCUCUGUUCUAGUAGUUUGUUUGCACUCUGUGUCGGAGGGAAAAGCGCUCUUUGUAAAAGUUUUAAAGUGCAUGACGUUGUGUGCUAGUGAGGUCUCUGUGAAUCCAGGAAAAAACAACAACAAAAAAGAUAAAACAUGCAUUCUAAGUGUGAAAGUUUACAAAACAUACUCUGCUCUGACACAUCACUGACAGCUAAUCAGGUAUUCAGUCAUGUUUUUUCUUAUAAUGACGAAUAUAUUUUGAUAACAGGUGUUUCUAAUUCCAAUAAUAUUCAUAAUUCAGGUAUUUUUUUUCUUGCUUUGUUUUUUUUUAAUUAUUAUUAUUUUACAGCUGCAACUCUUUGACUUUUUGUCUGAUAAUGCCAAUAAGUAAAAAAAAAUAAAAUCACAAGUAACAAAUCCAUUCUGUAAAAUCCUCCACAAAAAAUACGUUUGUAUAAGAAACCUAAAAUAUAUGCAACUUCUGCCGUGUGCGCUGAGUUCUGAUGUUUAUUUUCUCCUGCACAGAUGCUACCAUGCAGUUUUAAGAAUAUUUUUCAGAUGCAAACUAUAGAAGCCACUCUUCAUACAAGUUACCUUGACAACUUUCCUCCUUUUUACUUAAAACACACAUUUCAAAAGCAUUUUCACACUGUUCAUACACACGAUGAAAACCCUGCAAAAAGCACCUAAAUGCCAUAGUUAUGGCCAGAAAAAAUAUGACACUAUGAAGUUUUGUACAAACAACAUCUGUUCUGUUCAAGUGUUGUAAAAUCAUGACCAUUGAAUGGAAUGCUUGGCUUCCUGUUCAUUUACUAUGAUAUUUCCAGCCCUGUGUUUUGACCGUCUGAGCAUGUGACUUGCAGUGGUGUCGAAAAGUCUAUACACAGUUUUCCACUCAUAUCUAACGUGCACAAGCCCAUGACUCACUAAUAAAGAUGGACAAAUUU